AUGGUUGUUCAUGUUGGUGGCCUUGUGGCCGUUGUAUUUUUUUAUAUUCUUAUAUUAAUUGUUGGUAUAUGGGCAGGACGAAAACAGAAAUCAUCUGAAAAAUCACCCGAUACGGAAGAAAUAAUGUUAGCUGGGAGAAAUAUUGGUUUACUCGUGGGAAUAUUUACAAUGACAGCAACAUGGGUUGGUGGUGCAUAUAUUAAUGGAACAGCUGAACAAGUUUUUUCUACUGGUCUUCUUUCUUGUCAAGCACCAUUAGGAUAUGCAAUUAGUUUAGUUGUUGGUGGAUUAUUAUUUGCACGACCAAUGCGUAAUGCUGGAUAUGUUACAAUGCUUGAUCCAUUUCAACGUAAAUAUGGUCAAAGAAUGGGUGGAUUAUUAUUUAUACCAGCACUCUUAGGAGAAGUUUUUUGGUCAGCAGCUAUUUUAUCAGCAUUAGGAGCAACGAUUAGUGUUAUUUUUACUGAUGUUUCAAUGACGGCAUCGAUAAUUAUUUCGGCUGCGGUUGUUAUUUUCUAUACUCUUUUUGGUGGAUUAUAUUCAGUUGCUUACACUGAUGUUGUUCAACUUGGAUUUAUAUUUAUUGGUCUUUGGGUUGCUGUACCAUUCGCAUUGAGACAUGAAGGUGUUGGUAGUAUUGUAACUACUUGGCCAGAAUGGCGUGGUCAUAUUGAUAAAUCUCAAUAUGUUGAUUGGUUAGAUGGUAUGCUUUUACUUAUUUUUGGUGGAAUACCAUGGCAGGUUUAUUUUCAACGUGUUCUCUCGGCUAAAUCAGCAAAAAAAGCAAUGUAUCUUUCAUUUUGUGCUGCUGUUGGUUGUAUUGUUUUGGCUAUGCCACCUGUACUUAUUGGAGCUAUUGCUAAAUCAACUAACUGGACUAUGACCGAUUAUGAUAUCAAUAAAGAUAUAAAAUCACCUGAAGCAACAAAAUUAAUUUUACCAUUAGUUCUGUUACAUUUAUGUCCAAAAUUUGUUGCAUUUAUUGGUUUAGGUGCCGUUUCAGCUGCUGUCAUGUCUAGUGCCGAUUCGAGUGUACUUAGUGCAAGUUCUAUGUUUGCUCGAAAUGUUUGGAAACUUGUUUUUCGUAAUCAAGCAUCCGAACGAGAAGUUUUAUUAGUAAUGCGUAUUGGAAUAUUUCUUGUUGGAGCUGGGGCUGCUGGAAUUGGUAUUAUGGUUUCAUCAAUUUAUGUUCUUUGGUAUUUAUGUUCUGAUCUUGUUUAUGUCAUACUUUUUCCACAAUUACUUUGUGUUGUUUAUGUUCCACAUACAAAUACAUAUGGUUCAUUAUCUGCAUAUAUUAUCGGUUUUGUUAUUCGUAUACUUAUUGGAGAACCAUCAUUAAAUAUUCCGAAAGUGAUUUCUUUUGGUCCACAUAUUCCACCAAAAACUUUAUGUAUGCUUAUAAGUUUAUCAACAACAUUAAUUGUAUCAUUAAUAGCAAAGUUAUUAUUUGAAAAACGUGUUUUAGCACCACAAUUAGAUGUUCUUCAUUGUCUUGUUGAUAUACCAAAUGAAGUUUUACCAUUAAAAGAAAGUACAACAACUGAUGAAUUACAUCAACAAUAUCGUAUUGUUAAACCAUCAGUACCACAAUCUCAACUUACUGAACCAACAAUGAUGAUAAAUAGUUCAUAUUUACCUAGUCAAGAUACAUUAAAUACUUAUGCAAUUUCAUCUAAUCAUUAA